AUGAACAACAAUAUAGGACAAGAAAAUAUUAUACUUUAAUUUUAUUCAUAUUCUAAAAAUCAAUAAAGUUAAAAGAAAAUACAAUUUUAGAUAAUAAAGCAUCUUGGACAAGGAGCAGAAGGAUGUGUGAUUCUUGCUAAGCCAUUAUAGGAAUUUUAUAAUUAAGAACAAGUUGCAAUAAAAAUACAUUAAGGUAUGAAUAAGGAAACAUUCGAAUUUUACGAAAAGCUAUUCGAACAAUAAUAAUAGAUAGAAUUAAAAAAUUCUACUGAAAAAUCUCAAAUUAUCAAAAUUUAUGAAAUAGGAACAAUUAAUGAUAAAUUUACUACUAUAAUGGAAGUUGGAGAUUUAGAUCUUUAUACUUAUUAUAGGAAAAAUUAAUAACAUUUAGAUCUUUAAAAACAAUAAAAUAUAUGCCUUAAGGUAAUCCUUUUUAUUACUUUUUAGUUAGCUUAUGCUAUUAAACAAUUUCAUGAAUUGAAGUAUAUACAUAGAGACAUUAAACCAGAGAAUUUUAUUGUAGUAAAAAAUGAAUUUAAAUUAAUUGAUUUUGGACUUGUAAAAUCAACAGAUUCAUUAUUCAACAAUACUAUGAUGGUUGGAUCAAGAAUAUUUUAAGCUCCUGAACUUCUAAUAGGAGAUGGGAAUUACACAUCUGCAGUUGAUAUUUGGGCAUUAGGAUGUACAUUUUAUGAGAUUUUAACAUUCAAUCAAUUUAUCAAAGGUACUUUUCAUUGUCUAAUAUAGCGAAUAACUAAUUCGAGGCUUAAAAAAUAAUAACAAAUCAUAUAACCAAUUAGUAUUAAAUUAAUUAAGUAAUUAAAUAAUCAAAACUUACAGAUUAAUGGAAGAAUUUAAUGAUAGAAAUGUUUAAUCCUAAUCAGCAGGGAAGAAUUAGUUCUUUUUAAUUAGUAGAGAAAAUUGAAUAAAUAAUAAACCAAAAUAAUGGAAAGCCUAGUAAUUUCUAAUUAAAAAAUCAAGUUGAUGAUAAUAAUAAUUCUCAAGGUAACAAAGCAAGUUUUGUGGCUUCUCCAAAUAAUAUGAAUUUUCUAAAUAAUAAUUAAUAAUUGUAAAACAAUUUAUAGAUUGGUGGUCAAUAAAAACUACAAAACUUUAGUUAAAAUUAAGUUAAUUAAAAAAAAAAUAUUUUAAGUUCAACUCCCAAUCAAGCAAAUUAACAAUAAAAUUUUUAAUAAAAUAAUUAAUAAAAUGGAAUUAAUGGAGAUACAAACUUGCAAAAAUUUAAAACAUUUUCUAAUUAAGCGCCUUAAUAAUCUCCAAGUUAAUUUUCAAAUUUGAAUAUUAAUAAAUAGAAAGAUGAUAAAAUUUAAGAAUAGGAGAGAUAAAUUUAAGAAUUAGAAUAGGAAAAUAAGUUUUAUAAAGAUCAAAAUUAAAAGUUAAAUGAUGAUAAUAAAAUUUAGGAAGAAAAAAUUUAAAAUUUAGAUUUAGUUAAUUAAAAUUAGUAAGAAACAAUUUCGAAGUUAGAUUUAGAAAAUAAAAGUUAGAAAGAAAAAAAUUUACUGUUAGAUAAAGAUAAUAAAAGUUAGAAAGAAACAAUUGAAGAACUUAUGAGCAACUUAGAAAUAACAAUAAAGGAAAUGGAAAAUUUGAAAAAAAAAAAUUUAACCUUAAACAAUUAAAAUUGUACGAUGAGAAUGUUGUUAAAAAAAUAUUAGGACUAUUUUAAAUCCUUUACUGAAGAAUCGGAUGAAUAUUUUAAAAAGGAGCAAUAAUAGUGA